AUGGAUCAUAAAAUCAAUUUGAUAAGUGGAGGCUUCGCUGGUGUAUUCGUCGACAUCCUCCUCUACCCAUUGGAUACUCUUAAGACUAGAAGUCAAGUAAAAUUUGGUGUUAAAUUUAAUAAAUCUCAAAAUUUUAUCUUCUCAAACUUUGGACCUAACUCCAAAGGCUUGUACAGCGGUCUUAGUGUUAUCCUCUCCGGCAGUUUUCCCUCAUCGGCAGCGUAUUAUGCAGUAUAUGAGAUUUCAAAACAUUCUUUAGCCCAUUAUUCUCUGGAUGGGAUUAAACCCUUUCUACCGUUAACUCUUGUACAUGUACUUAGUACUUCCAUCGCUGAGAUAUCGAAUUCGUUGAUUAGAACGCCUUUUGAAGUAAUAAAACAGCAGAUGCAAGCGGGGAUGCACUCAACUGUCAAAGAUUCCAUCAAGUUCAUCUACAAAAGACAAGGUUAUAAAGGAUUCUACGUUGGUCUAGGUUCGGUACUACUAAGGGAGAUCCCAUUUGAUGGAAUACAAUUUGUAUUGUGGGAGAGAUCAAAGACUUGUAUAUUAUUACAGCCAUUUUAUGAAGAUAAGAAGUCGUACGUGGCAACAUCAGCUAUAACUGGCGGACUUGCUGGAGGAAUCGCAGGAAUCCUAACUACACCAAUAGAUGUAAUCAAGACUAGGAUGAUGACACAAGAUAAAAUUGUAUAUAAAAAUUCAAUUUCCUGCAUGCGAGCCCUAAUAAAGGAGGAAGGUUGUGGUGUUUUAUGUAGAGGAAUGGGAUUUAGGGCUGUAUGGUUGACAUUGAGCGGGUUACUCUUUUUCGGAAGCCUCGAAACAGCGAAAUUAGCCCUAACAAGCAAUAGACAAGCGAAUAAAUCGGAGGAAUUAGACUCUGUGCAUAGUAAAUUGGGUUAG